AAGGGGAGCAAAUAUCAAUUUUCUACAAAAAUUUAAUUUUGGGGAAAACUCUCGUCCAAUCUAACCCUUCUCCUUCUCGAAGUGAGGCGAUCCAGCAGAGUCCUUUCAUUUCAAUGGCUUCAAUGUCUAAUUUGCUCUGCAAAACCCUAAUUCGCGCUCCUCAUCUCCUCACGAUUUCGCCAUAUCCAAACCUCCACUGCCUUCAAUUACUCCAUUUAAGCUAUACCACAACCGUUUCUGGUUCAAAUUCGUUUACAAUUUCGUAUCUCGUAAACUCAUGCUCCCUCUCCCCUGCUUCUGCUUCAUCUGCUUCAAAGCUCGUGAAUUUCCAUUCUCCUGAAAGACCAGAUUCCGUCAUCUCCUUCUUCAAGAACCGCGGUUUUUCCAAUGCUCAUAUCUCAUCCAUUGUUGAAAGAUAUCCUCAGCUUCUGUUAUCUCAUCCCAACAAAAUCCUUUUGCCCAAACUCGAGUUUCUUUACUCCAAAGGUGCUUCGACUUCCGAAGUCUCGAAGAUUAUUGCCCAAGCCCCAAAAAUCUUGAGGAGAAGCGUUCAACGUCAUCUUGUUCCUGCUUUUGAUUUUUUGAAGAGUUACCUUCAAACUAAUGAACGGACUAUUGCGUCUAUCAAACGUUUCCCAAGUGUUAUUGCUGAGUGUCGUCAAAAUCAUUUGAAAGAUUCUGUUAGAAUGUUGCUUGAUGCUGGCGUGCCUGAGGCGAAUGUCAUGUAUUUUCUUCAUUAUCAGCCGAGAAUGUUCACCAUGAGUCCACGCAGGUAUAGGGAGAUUCUAGAAGAUGUGUUGAAAAUGGGGUUUGAUCCAUCGAAAUCAAGCUUUGUUCAAGCUUUUCAUUGUAUUCGAGCAUUGAGCAAAUCGACAUGGUUACGGAAGAUUGGAGUUUAUAAGAGGUGGGGUUUGUCUGAAGAGCAUAUUCUUGCUGCAUUUAGGAGCCAUCCUUGGUGCAUGGCAUUAUCAGAGGAAAAAAUUAUGUCGGGAAUGGAUUUCUUUGUUAACAAAUUGGGCUGGGAAGCUGCAGCCGUUGUCAAAAACUCUAUGUUGCUUUCAUUUAGUUUGAAAAAUAGAACAAGUCCAAGAGCUUCAGUUCUUCUGUUUCUGUUUCAGAAAGGUUUGACUAAGAAGAAAUCAUUCAUGUCGGUAAAACCAUAUAUCUAUACUGAAAGUCAGUUCGUGCAGAAGUUUGUUCAUCCUCAUCUGGAAAAGGUACCUCAGCUCUCAAAGUUGUAUCAUGUAAAUGUGGAUGAUGGGAUUAAUCGAUUAUAAAUUUUGAAGCAUUCAUUUUAUACUGUGUUCUAAGUCGAGCUGUUUUUAUAAGAUUGUUCAUUGCAUUAAUUUUGCUAUGUUAAACUAUAUGCAAUGCCCGAAUAUCUGGAGUGGGACUUUACUAUAA